GCCUCCGUACCAGAGGCACUACUCGGCCCACGUGACGCGUUCGCAGCUGAAAGUCCGACCGCUCAGCCGUCACUCAGUUCAAAAAUGCUUCCUGCCACUUUAAUGUCGUACUGUCUUCUGUUUCUGUCGUCGAUAAUCGCGGUGUGCAGCGCUGCCGCGUGCCCUUGCGAGAAACCGGAGCUCUGUCAACAGGUCCGCGCGCAGAGAGACUUCGAGGUUUUUGUGUUUGACGUGGGCGGAGAGGCAUGGAAGUCCUACAACUGGAGCAUGGUGACGACAGUGGCGAUGUUUGGAAAAUAUGACGCUGAUCUCAUGUGUUAUGCUCACUCCAAAGGAGCACGGGUUGUACUGAAAGGAGACGUUCACCUCCCCUUCAUUGUGGACCCGAAUAACAGGACGGCGUGGAUAACGGGAAAGGUAGACUUGGCCAAGAGUCAAUUUAUGGAUGGAAUCAACAUCGACAUCGAACAAGCAGUGGAGGAGGGUUCCCCGGAGUACCACGCUUUAACACACCUGGUCAGAGAGACCACUGACGCCUUCCACAGGGCCAUCCCGGGCUCCCAGGUCUCUUUUGACGUUGCCUGGUCACCAAGCGGCAUCGACAAGCGCCGCUACGAUUACGUUAGCAUCGCUGAAUCCUGUGACCUGCUGUUUGUGAUGUCCUACGAUGAACAGAGCCAGAUCACGGGGGACUGUAUUGCAAUGGCAAAUGCCCCACUCUCUCAAACAUUGACUGGGUAUGACCAGUUUUUGAGUCUUAAGAUCGAUCCAAAGAGGCUGGUCAUGGGAGUGCCGUGGUAUGGCUAUGACUACCCGUGCCUUAACUUUUCCCAGGACGGAGUGUGUUUUAUAAUGAAAGUUCCUUUCCGUGGAGCCUCCUGUAGUGAUGCAGCGGGACAACAGAAAACGUACAAGUGGAUAAUGAAGCAGGUCAACAACUCAUUUUCUGGCAGGCUCUGGGACGACAAGCAGCAAGCUCCUUACUUCAAUUACAAGGACCAGAAAGGACAGAUUCAUCAGGUUUGGUACGAUGAUCCACAGAGCAUCUGUCCCAAGGCGGAGUCUGUGAAAUCUAAAGGUUUGAGGGGCAUCGGCAUGUGGAAUGGCAACAUCUUGGACUACAGUGACGAACUGGUUGCCAAGCAGCAGACUGCAGAGAUGUGGAAUGCACUCUUGGGAUGCUAGAUGUACAUCACCCCACCUAAUUGUAGCUUAAUCAAUACAUCCCUUUGUUGCAGUAAUCAGGUGCAGCUUUGCACUUUUGUGGAAUUUAUUGAUGUUGAAUGUAUUUACGGGUCAGGCAUUCCCGUUUAAACUGAAAGAACUGCUUCUGGAAACUGAUAAAAAACAUCUCUUUAAUGUGAUUUGCACAGUGAUUGUUUUGACAAAUGUUGAGCUAACUGAGAUCUUUGCACUUUAAGGCUUUUCAUAAAUUUAACAUUUUCUGAUAUGUUAUUAAAGUUCAAUAACCGUUUAUACUUCCGUAACUGGCUUACACCACCUUUAGAAAUUAACAUUUUCUGAUAUGUUAUUAAAGUUCAAUAACCGUUUAUACUUCCGUAACUGGCUUACACCACCUUUAGAAAUUAACAAUGUGUUUUGAUGUCUUUGUCUUUAGUAGUGCAGAACUUAGUUAUUGUUAGUCUGAAUACAAAAGGUUAUAAAGCCUGCUGUUGACAAUUGUAGAAUUUUCAUAGAUGAGACAAAUAUAAUAACCAGCAAUGACCUGAGAUUAACCCAGGUUUCCCUUGAACAAUUAAUAAAAAAAAUUUUUUAGCCACAUAUAUUUAAUUGGACACAUCUCCAACAUAAAUUUUAAAAAGUGACUUUCGAGUUGCUAAUAGUUUCUAUACGAUAACUUUCUAUUUGACAUGCUAUGACAUUUUUAUCGCCUUUUUCCGAGAUAUCGAGCUACAUGUUUUUCAGCGUUUGUGUGUGAAUAUAUAUAUAUAUACUAUGACUUAUUCUUUUAGUUUCUGACAUACUUUUAGCACGUUUUUCAACAUACUGUAAUGUGACUAUUUUUUCAUGACCUACUUCUCUAUUCUUUUUCAACAUGCUGUACAUGAUAUAUUUUUUUCAAAUCUAUUUUUUAGGACAGAAUAUCUUCCACUCAAAGGACUUUGCUGUUCUGGCCUUUAAGUGUCCACACCCAUGAUGCUUGCUACUCUCACCAGGAGAACAAAAUCACAGUAAUCAAGCAAAGGGGCUGACGGGCAAUGUAUAGUCUUUUUAACAAUUUUAAUGGCACACUUACUUUUUAAUGACAUACAUUUUUUGUUUAUUCUAAAAUAUAUUUUCAUGCCAUACCUAACUUAAAUGUUUCAGUGAUUUUUUUUUUAAUGAAAUGCUAAAAUAUGAUUAUAAGGACAGCGUUGUACCGUUCUGCCAAAAAAAUGUUGAAGGUUAUCAUGAUUUUUUUUGUGCCAGAAAGCGCUGAAAGUCAACAACCAACCUUUUGAAGAUGUGAUGUAACAAAAAGGUGAUAUGACAAUGAAAGGAUAAUAUUAUAUUUCGACAUCUGGUUACCACAAAUUGUGACUAAAAGUACAUUUUUGCUUAAAAUUG